AUGGGACAUGUGGCGGCCGAGCGGGAGCUGUGGCGCGUGACCUGCGGCGGCGGCCACCGCUCCUGGGCGCUCUCCGUCUCCAGCGACGCACUCUGGCUCAGCUGGGUCUCAGAGAGGCAGGUCCGACACGUCUCCUGUCUCCUGGCCGAUCUUCAGACGUCGGUCAUUAAGCCGGGCCUGCAGAGCGGCGCUACCCUCUCGGCGCUGCACCUGGGCCGGGCGCCGGACGGUGGCGCGCUGUUGGCCACCGCCGGCGAGGACACCACCGUCCGUCUGCUGUCGGCGGCGCCGGGCCGCCCGCUGCGGCCGCUUGUCACGCUGCGCGCCCACAUCAGCUCGGUGCGCGCGCUGCUGUUCGCGUUCAGCGAUGCAGCGCCGCGGCUAACGCCGCUGCGCCAGCUGUCACUCGGUGGCCAGUGUGUGCUGCGUCUGCGCUGGAGCGGCCGGCUCCUGAUGGCCGCCACCACCUCGGGCGUGAACGCGCUGUCUGUUCGGCCGGCGCCGGGCGGCGCCGUUCAGCUGCUGACCGGCGGCGAUGACGGCGCGCUCUGCCUCAGCCAGCUGCGGACAAACGGAGCGCGGCCUCGGCUGGAGACGGCUGCCCGCCAGACGGGCGCGCACACCUCCCAGAUCACAGCCGUGCUCUGGCUGCCGGACGGCCGUCUGCUCUCCGUGUCGGUGGACCAGCGCGUGUGCGUCUGGUCGGAGCGCGCCGGCCGGCUCCGGCUCGACUCCACCCGCCUGACGGCCGUGGCGGACGCCAAAGGCGCGCUGCUCUGGACCGAGGACGGGACGGUCAUGGUGCUGGUGUACGGCGAGGGUCUGGAGCUGCUGCGUCUUGACCUGAGGUCACUGAGCUCACCUGAGUGCCAGCCGAGGGCGGACGACUGAUGCGCCUCGGACGCGCGGUGUAACGUCAGAGGUCGGCUGGGUCCGAUCGCCGCUCAGGACCGGCCGUAGCCGCGCUCGUCGCGCACCACGGAUAUGGUACUUUGUUGUGCUCGCCGAGCAGCGGGCUGACGCCACCACGUGCUAAGGACAAUAUGCGCACGCCGCGUGCAUUUGCACAGACAAGGUGUCUUGCCACAAAUCAGUUUUAUAUCAGAGAUGCUAUAGACUUUCAAUGGCCGGACCUUCGGUGCGACAGAGCUUGUGACGGCGAAUGCAAACGUUGUUUGAAUUGCGGACGGAGAGCAGCGAGACGACGGGCUACCAAGGUAACUUUUGUCAAUGUUUUGUAUUUGUUGAUUUGCAGAUAUCGCCGUCUGGACGACUGACAAGUCAUGUUAUGUCUCAUGUGCGUAUGUUGUCCGUUGCGACACGCCGCGACGUCAGUGACAUGCUGACGCCAUGAAAGGCUACGUCAAGCGCAGGAUGCAGCACUUGUGUGUAUGGAGGAAGUUACUGUCUCCGUCCAAGACUGUAACUUCCGUUGGCGUUUUGGCGGAUUAAUAAAUACAAC